UUUAUUGUAUCAUACUAAAGCAAACCAUUAUUUCGAAAACUUAUGUGGUCUAAUUCAAAUUCAGAAAACCUGUGGGAGAUAAUUGAAAUUUAUGCGAACCACGUUUCGGAAAUCACCAUCAGAAACAUGGCAAAAACGCCAUUUCUUUGUAAAACUUCCCAUUUUUUACAGAAGCUCACAGAUCGAAGGGUUUUGUGUUUUCACUCAGUAAUGCCUCUGGUUCUAGGGUUCUUAGUCUCCAAUUUGAAACUGUAGUGUUCGAUUCAACUCUGUUAAAUUGGAUUCGUGGACUUGGCCAUGUAUUGUGGGUCCAUUGAUGGCGAGAGCCACGAGGCAUCGCAGAGGAAGAUCCCGCCUGCCUCGUCAAUGUUGUGGGUCCGAAAUCUCCGUCAGUACAUCGCGUCCGGUGCCGGACUGGGAUCCGAAGCCCUAAUGGAGCUCGAGACAAAGAGGAUCUUGCUUGAUAUUUUCAAAGAGAAGCAACAAAAAAGUGCUGAAGCUGGCACAAUACCAAGUUUUUAUAAGAAGAAACCUGAAGAAGGCUCAAUCAGUCGCAGGGUCCAAAGAUUGGCAAAAUAUCGGUUUUUAAAGAAGCAAUCAGAUCUUUUGCUUAAUGCUGAUGAUCUGGAUGCAAUGUUGGUUUGCCUGAGAGAAAACUGUGUUAUUGAUGAUGCUACUGGUGCAGAAAAGAUGAAUUACGAAGAUUUUUGCCACAUAGCCUCAGUAUGUACAGAACAAAUAGGCCCCAAAUGCCGACGAUUCUUUAGCCCUUCUAAUUUCAUGAAGUUUGAGAAAGAUGAAUCUGGAAGAAUUGCCAUUUUGCCCUUUUACCUUUAUGUGAUGCGCACAGUUUCGCUUACACAGGCCAGAAUAGAUAUGAGUGAACUUGAUGAGGAUUCAGAUGGUUUCCUGCAGCCUCAUGAAAUGGAGGCUUAUAUACAAGGUCUUAUUCCUAAUUUAGCACAACUACGUGAUAUGCCUGCACAAUUUGUUCAGAUGUACUGCCGCAUUGCUGCACACAAAUUCUUCUUUUUCUGUGAUCCUCAUAGGCGAGGGAAGGCCUGCAUAAAGAAGGUGCUUCUUAGUAAUUGUCUUCAGGAGCUAAUGGAAUUGCACCAGGAAAGUGAGGAAGAAGUCACUGACACUGAACAAGCUGAAAAUUGGUUUUCUUUGACAUCUGCACAACGCAUAUGUGAUAUGUUUCUUGCCCUUGAUAAAGAUAUGAAUGGAACAUUGAGCAAGCAAGAGCUUCGAGAAUAUGCUGACGGGACACUUACUGAAAUUUUUAUUGAAAGAGUGUUUGAUGAGCAUGUUCGUCGUGGCAAAAGUGGAGGAGGACAUGCACGGGAGAUGGAUUUUGAAAGUUUUCUGGACUUUCUUCUGGCCUUAGAAAACAAAGAUACUCCAGAAGGUUUAACAUAUUUAUUUCGUUGUCUUGAUCUUCAUGGUCGGGGAUACCUAACAACGGCUGAUAUUCACUCUCUUUUCAGAGAUGUGCACCAGAAAUGGAUUGAGGGUGGAAACUAUGAAUUAUGCAUCGAGGAUGUUAGGGAUGAAAUUUGGGAUAUGGUUAAGCCAACGGACUCACUCAGGAUCACACUGACGGAUCUGCUAUCUUGUAAACAGGGAGGGACUGUAGCCAGUAUGCUUAUUGAUGUGCGUGGCUUCUGGGCUCAUGAUAAUAGGGAAAAUCUUCUCCAAGAAGAGGAAGAACCAGGAGAAGAAUGACAAUGGUGUGCAAUCUAAAGCCUUUCAUGUGCCAACACCAAAUGGUUUCGUUGCAUGUUUAUUGCGGUCUCUCAAGAUGUAUUAUUUCAUUUGGCUUGUAUCUGUAUCUUGUUAUUUAAUGUGAUGUAAAAAGAUGUAGCAAUUGAUACAUGCUAAUGAAUAAAAUGGCUCCUGUAAUAGACUUUUUUUUGUC